AUGGAGUGCGUAUACGACUGGUCCCAUAUGACUGAUGGGGCUGAAAAAGCCGUAUCCCCUAGUGACAGCCCAGCUGUCCCACCGUUGUGGCUCAACUCGUGUUCCUGGUGGUGCUGGGGAGGCGCGGCCCCCGGAGCCCGGCCCUUGCCCUCUUCCGGCAGAGGCGCCAUCGCCCUUCCUGCCUCGAAGAGCUGGUCCAGCAUCUUCUGGCUCGCGCUCUGCAGGCUCUUGCUUUUCCACACAGAGAGGGCAGUGCGGGAAGCCAGGGUCAUCAGCCAUGCUCCAGAGAGCGGGGUCCCAGGCCCCUCCUCCGUCCUUACAAAGGGCUUGAGCAGGAACCUGUCGUUUCAGGGGUCAGUGACCUUUGAGGACGUGGCCGUGUACUUCACCGAGGAGGAAUGGGCCAGCCUGGCCCCUGCGCACAGGGCCCUGUACCGGGAGGUGAUGCUGGAGACAUACGCCAAUGUGGCUGCCCUGGCAUUCCCAUUUCCCAAACCAGACCUGAUAUUCCAGCUGGAGCGAGGGGAAGCACCUCAGGGCCCAGACCCCUGGGCAGCCACUGGGGGAAAGGCCCAGAGAGGCAUCCGCGCAGGUGGUAAAACUGAGAUUGACUAUGAGGAGCAAACUCCAAAGCUGAACAUCCCCAAAGAACCAGGGUCCCCCAGGCUGAGAGCAGAAAUGCAGCUGGUGGAUGCUUCCCAGCACCCUCACUUGAAGGACAGUUUAGAGAAGCCACUGCUGUGUGGCACGGGGAAGAAAACGAACUCAAAGAAAAGAGAUUGCACAGACUUGACGGUCCAGGAUCAUAAAUCCUUCACCGUCGAAAGCGAAGGGAUAGCCAGGAAAUCGGAAGGGAGCAAUGGUGUCUGCACGCUUCUCACCGCACAGCAGGGCCUCCUGGGAGAACAGGUGUGUUAUAACCGUGCUGCAUGUGGCAGAUAUUUCUGUCAACAUUCAGACCUUCACCGGCAUCAGGGGACUCACAGCAAUGAGAAGCCCUACAAAUGCAAAGAAUGCGGGAAAGCCUUCAGAUAUAACUCAAAACUGUCACGGCACCAGAAAAUCCACACUGGGGAGAAACCGUACUCAUGUCAGGAAUGUGGCCAAGCCUUCAGCCAGAAUUCCCACCUCCUUCAGCAUCAGAAACUCCAUGGUGGAGAGAAGCCCUAUGAAUGUAAGGACUGUGGGAAAACCUUCAGCUACAACUCAAAACUUAUUCGGCACCAGCAAAUCCACACUGGGGAGAAGCCCUUUAAGUGUAAGGACUGUGGGAAGGCUUUCAGGUGUAGCUACGACUGCAUCAUCCAUGAGCGAGUUCACACUGGGGAGAAGCCCUACGAAUGUCAGGAGUGUGGGAGAAGCUUCAGUUCAAAUUCCGUCCUGAUUCAGCAUCAGAGAAUCCACACUGGGGAGAAGCCCUAUGAAUGUAAGGAGUGUGGCAAGGCCUUCCGCCGGAGCGCAGUGUUUCUCCAGCACCAGAGGCUCCAUACUGGGGAGAAGCUCUAUAAAUGCAGUGAAUGUUGGAAAACUUUCAGUUGUAGCUCCCGCUUUACCGUACAUCGGAGAAUCCACUCUGGGGAGAAACCUUAUGAAUGCCAGGAGUGUGGGAAGGCCUUCAAUCAGAAAAUCACCCUGGUUCAGCAUCAGCGAGUUCACACGGGGGAGAAACCUUAUGAGUGUAAGGUGUGUGGGAAAACCUUCAAAUGGAGCGCAAGUUUCAUUCAGCAUCAGAAAUUGCAUACCAGGAAGAAACCCACCCAAGCCAUGGGGCCAUCUGUAGUCACGCCCCCAGUCCCCUCUGCUCUGCCUUCCCCUGCUGCGUGCUCUGCCCUAGCCAUGCCAGGAGCUCCCCCAUCUUUCCCACACGCCGGGCUCCUUCCUUCCUCUGGGCCGCUCUUCAUGCUGCUCCCCUCAUCUGACAUGGCUGGUUCUGCACCUGUCCAAAUACUGCAUUUCUUUCAGGAUCUUGCUUCCCCUGGGAAGUCAUCCUCUUGUAGCCUGAACCCUUUGUCUCACUCCCCGUGAGCUC